AUCUUAUUAAGAGUUUAUUGUGAAAAUGGAUUUAAUUUCUUACAAAAUAAUAUGUCAAGAUUAUCCCCCUGAAUUUAUAUUGGAUAAAAAUGUUGCUAAAGAAUAUUUUAAACAAUUUGGUAAACUUAAACGAAUUACCUUUAAACCGAAAGCACGAUGCUGCACGGUAGAUUAUGUAAAUGAAGAAGGAUAUCUUAAAGCACUUAAUAAUGCCGGAGAAUACAGAGGAACAACUUUUAGUGUUUUUAAACUAGAAGAUAUUUUACCAAAAAAGAAAGAAACUUCCAAAAGAACAGUUCCUAUAUGGGUAGACACAGGAGAAAUUGAAGCAGAAUUAGCAGCAAUGUCUGGAGAGCUGCCCAAAAUGCAUAGGUCUCUAGAAGGUCCAACUAGGCCUACAAAGAAUGUUUCUCCAAGAAAUACAAAAUUAAAACCAACUUGGAAAACUGAACCUAAGGCCAGAGUUAAAAAAACUGUUAAAGCAAAUAAAUCCAUGAGUGCUGCUCUAUCUGCAGAGGAAAUAGAACUUGUAAAGUUAGUUGUGUCUCAAGGUUGUACAGUUGAUGAUAAGUAUAGAAUUUUGGAGGCCAGAGACAAAUUAAUGAAACUUAAACUGAAGCGAAAUCCUACAGAACAGUCAUCGGCUACAGUCGGGACAUGCCCUGAUAUGUGUCCUGAAAAAGAAAGACUGUUUAGAGAAAUCAAACAUCAGGUGGCCUGGUAUGAACAAGAUGAAAACGAAAGGAAAAUGAAACACAACAAAGCUGUCAAACAAUAUUCUAGAAGUUCCGCUGAUCAAGAGGCUCCGUUGGCACAUGAAUUGCGACCAGUAGAUGUCCUACAAAUGACUAUGGGUUAUCUUUUACAUAAUAUAAUUGAUCUGUGCGAUACGGACGAGAUUCAUAUCGGUGAUUGGUUUCACUUUCUUUGGGAUCGAACUCGAAGUAUCAGAAAGGACAUCACACAACAGGAACUCUGUUCCCAGGGAGCAGUUGAGUUAGUAGAACAAUGUGCUCGAUUUCACAUCCAUUGUUCAGCCAGACUUGUAGCAGAAGAUCCCUCGGUAUUUGAUCAGAAAAUUAACACUGAAAACUUGACGAAAUGUUUGCAAACCUUGAAGUAUAUGUAUCAUGAUUUAUCGCUUAAAGGUGAAAGUUGUAAGAAUGAAGCUGAAUUUAGAGCGUAUGUCAUUUUGCUGAAUUUAAAUGAUGGAAAUUUUAUGUGGGAGGUUCAACAGCUUCGCAGGGAGAUUCAACAGUCCAAAGAAGUACAGUUUGCCGUACAAGUCCAUUCUGCAAUAGAUAAAAACAACUAUGUAAAAUUUUUUAAAUUGUUAUAUUCUACAACCUAUUUAAACGCAUGCAUUUUCAUGAGGUAUUUUAACCAAAUACGCUUAUCUGCUUUAAAGACGCUUCAUAAAUGUUAUCUACCACGAACCACAAAAACAUCUUACCCUUUGAGUGAAUUAACGAAGGUCUUAGCAUUUGAUGACAUAGAUUCAACAAAGGAUUUUUUAGAGUUUUAUGGUCUUUUUAUUACAGAAGACACUAAACAUGUAAUUUUGGAUAAAAAUGGUUUUAUUAUGCCAGAACUUCCUUAUAUACUGGAUAGAUCUAAUAUAGUCGAGGAAAAACGACAAUAUUCUGUGGGCAAAACAAUAUGUGGAAAAGAUUUACCACCAAAAACUUACGAAUCACACAAAGUCCAUAAUAGUUUUGAUCAAAAAGGAUAUUUAAUCGAUAAAGAUAUUUUAGAACACUUUGAUUUAGAAACAGUAAAAUUGAAGUUAUUGCAACAACUCGAGGAAAAUGUCGAAUCAUCGAAAACUAAAAAUUCAUCAUUUACACAAAAAUCAUCUGAUACAUUUGUCUUCGCAGAAAAGGAGGAAAAAGCAGAUAAGUCUUUUUCAUUUAAAAGAAAAGACGAGGAAGUGAAAAGUAAAAAUUUGUUUCCAGUUGCAGUGAAACAACAAACAAUUGAUAAUCCAUUUUUGAUUAAAAAGAGUGAUGACGUGGGGAGUCCCUUCUUAUUCAAUAAAAUGGAGGAAAAAGUUACUAAUCCAUUUGCAUUCAGCCAAAAAGAAUCAACUUCUAAACAAGGUAGCAUCUUCGAUACAACACCCCCUUCACCGAAAAAUAUCUUCGGAUCAUCAGUAAGCUUCCAAUCCGCAUUUGGAACAAACAGUGUCACCAAUAUGAGCUCUACAAAUCAAACAAAUUUUAGUUUUAUAACACAACCAGUUCCACAAGAAACUAAAUCUAAACUGGGUGGAUUUAAAUUUGAUUUGGUGCUUCCAACGAAACAAAACGAAUCUGCUGAUUUGGUCCCUGAACCAGAUCCAACCACAGUGUUGGAAAUUCAAGAACAAAGAAAGAGAGACGAAGAGGAACUCUUUAAGAAACAAGAGGAAGAACGAUUGAGAUAUAUCGAAGAACAAAAGAAACUUGAGUUGCAGAAGUUGGCGGAGCAAAAAAGAUUGGAGUUACAGAGAGAACAGAAACAACUCGAAUUAAAAAGAUUGCACGAGCAAAGAAGAUUGGAGUUAAUGAGAAUAGAGGAAGAAAAACGUCGCGAAGAACUAGAGGAAGCAUUAAGAGAAGAAAAACGAUUAAGGGAAAUUAAGAAGCAGCGACAAGAAGAAGAAUUAAGAAGACGACUAGAAGAAAUUGAAAAAGAGGAGGAACAAUUAAAAGAAAUGGAAAUAAAAGCUGACGUAAAAAAUUUAAUAAAUUCGUUGGUAGACAAAGUGGACCAUCUAAUUCGACAACAGAGGCUAAUUGCAAUAAAAGAAAACAUGGAAAGAAGGUUAGUAUUGAAAAUAUUUUGUGAGUGGAAAAUUAAUGCAUCAAAAAACAAAAGAAAACGCAAAGCUAUAGACUGUAGCCCUCUUUGGAUAAACACAAAAACUUUGGAACAAUCGGCGCAUGAAUUGUCUGUCUCUUCGCAAGAUUUAAAUCUGACAUUAAUGAAAAGGUACAAAUAUGGUAAACCUUUAGAUAUUGAACAUCUUCUCAUGGAAGACUUUAAAUGUGUAAACUUAUUUGAGUUGACGUACGCUGUUUUAAAGAAUCGAAUAUUUGAACUGACUGUUAAUAAACCGAAAAAUAUUUUUUGGAAAGUUGUAGUAAGUUUGCCCGAUGCCAAUGAACUGAAAGUUGGAUUAAAUAGACUGGAAGAGGCAAUGAGAAGUGCAUUUCUGUGGUCAAAAUCAGACAAUAGAUACUUACAUUUGGAACAUUGCAAACCAAAUAACUUUGAAUCCGUUACAUACUGUGUUGAAAAACAGCAAGGUUCUGUGAUUCAUCAGUUUGAUGCAAAUGGUAUAAUUUUUCUUGCUAAAGAUUAUAAUUCUAGUCUCCAGCAGAGAAUUCUCGCUAGUCUUAAAGGAUUUGGUGUCCACAAUACUGUACCAAUAGUUAUUAUUCUUCAAGAGUAUAACAGCAAUGAGAAAAAAUUGGAAAGCCUUAUGGAGGAAAACAUUAUUUCCAAUUGUAUAGUGUUAGUCGAGAACGCAUUUACUCCUAAAUUAAUUAAUGCUGUAGAGGAAGGACUAUUAUUUUUGGCAAAGAAUGUGGAGUGUUGGCCACCUCUGAAACUGGACAGUUUAAAAUCGUUUAUAUCGAAGUAUCUUUGUACGGAACUGUGGAAAAGAGCUAAUAGUUUUGCAAAGUGGAACUCAAGUUACAAAAAAUGUCUACAGAAUCCGAACGUAGUGUUGAAUUUAUACAACGAAGGCCUCCGUAGAUUAAAAUCAAUUAUUUUGGACAAAUCAUACUCGGAGUAUGCAGUUUUUCCAGAGGAGUUUAAAAAAUAUCUAAAGAGUGAAAUUCCGGAUUACCUACCUUGUUCUUUUCACUAUUUUCCUCUAAAUUGGAAAUCAUCUUGUUACUUUGAAAAAUUGGAAAGAAUAUUAGAUGAUCUGAGUUUACCAGCUUGGAAAUAUGCUUGGCCCCCACUCAAUGAGCAAGAACUGGAACUAAGCGUCAUGAAUUACUGUUCAAAACUUACCGGGCAACCUAGAAAUCUAUUUUAUAAGACAAUGAGUUUAUUUUUACAACACAUAGAUCCAAACACAAAUUUUAAAGAUAUCCAAUAUGUACUGUGGACCGAUAUUAUAGGACCGCUAGCUUUACAAAAGUUGGCAAGUAUUAAUCAUUCCUUACCCAAACAAUUUGCAGGUUCCAUUUUUAAAGAAUACUUCGUUAUUUAUAACAAGAAUAUUCUUAGUGAGUAUGAUUACUGUGAUUGGUUUUAUAUCUACCACCCAGUUAUAAAGAAAUUUAUUGAAGAAGAUUUAAUAAAGAGAGCUGCUAAGGAAAUUAAGAAAAAUCCUGUCCUACCAGAGCAUUUAGAAAUUAGCGAACAGGCUAUAAAUACAAUAUGGGAAAGCUGUUUAUUGCCCAAACCAGAAGCAUCUCGUAUGGCGAAAGAAUUGGCAGAUUUAAAUAAGUCUUUGGAUAAUUUAGCUGCUACUAUGGCUGUGCAAAAGAGGAUUUCAUCUCGAUUGGAACAAAGUUUAAGCAAUGCGAUUGCAGAGAGGUAGAUUUAUAUUUAGACAAAUACAAUAAGAAGUAAAAAUAUGUGAUUUUUUAAGUAAAUUUAGUUAAGGCAAUACAACGAUAAGAUAAAAAAAGUUCUAGUAGUAAAAAAAUAAGUUUGGCAUUUUAAGACAUAUUUAUUUCUUCAGGCCUUUUGUUUACUGCAAAUCUAUUUGCAAAUUUCUGCAAUAACUCAAUUUCAUUGAUAGGGCGCUGUUCUGGAAAAAUUUCAAAUAUACUGUUAUUUUAUAGUAUUUGGAAAUAGCUGAAAGUAAGAUGAAAAGUCAAACCUAGCUCUUAUUUUGUCUUUCGGUAUGAAAUCAAUAAAAUUUUGGAAAAAGCACUAAUCUUUCAAGCCGAUGAAAUUAUCUUUGCUUACUUCGGUGUAAUCAUUUUUUAUUUUGAUUCAUGUAUUUCAAACUUCGCGUAAAUUUUUAUUUACAUUUUCCUAUUUUUGAUAAGGGGUACAUACUUUUCAUACUACUACUACGAAAAAUUUGCACAUUUUUUCUGAACCGUUCUCUUCAGCUCUGUCUAUCUUGCCAAUAUCCAUCUCGCAAUUUUGUUAUAUCCAUUGCCUCGUGUAUUUCAUAUCCAAAUGGUCUUAUAAUCCACUAUUUUGAUUAAUUGAUCUUCUGCUUCACGUGUCAUAUCAGAGUUAUCCGAUUUUGGCGAUCACCAUUGCGAAGAAUUCUAGACCUUCUGCCAUAUUAUAUCCAUACGGUUCUUAAUAACAGCAAUGUUUAUCUUACCUCUUGUGUCUACAGUUUCUCCUGAGAAACUUCAUCUCUGUCACCUUUAUUUUCCUUCCUCUCAUACACUUUUAAUAAAUUUAGAGGAGCUCUGGUAAUUAUUUAUACAAGACAAAACUAUUUGAUCUAAUUUACAUAUUACAUUUCCUUCUGCAACAACUAUGUACUUGUUGCAGUCGACUUUUAGAGUACCAAGUAUUGACUUUUUAAAUUGCUUUUGUAAUUGUAUUGUAUUGUUAAGGUUUUAUAAUG